GGCAUCGGGAAGACUGGGGUGAACAUCGUCCGAGUCGGUCGGCCAGAGGCCAUCCGCGAAGAUGUUAAGGCCUAUGCCCUGGACGGGCGAUGGAAGGACCUGAAAAAGGCCGAGGUGGUUUGCGCGACAUGCAUCGGUGCAUCCGGCACCACCCUGGAUAAGGUUCGUUUUCCCACCGUCAUUGUGGACGAGUGCACCCAGGCUGCGGAAACAGCGGCGCUGGUGCCCAUCGCCCGAGGAUGUCAGCAAGCCAUCCUAAUUGGGGACCAGUGUCAGCUGCCGCCCACAGUCUUGUCCGAUGUCGCUGAGACCGAGAACCUUGGCGAGUCGAUGUUUACGCGGCUGGUGACGCAGGGCGUUCGGCCGGAAGCUGAGAG